AUGACCGGAAAUCCCACACUCUCAAUGUCGGCGCAGAACCUGUGGGCUCUUCUUGUCCAGACGAUGAGACCUAGCAGGGACCCGUCUCAACCAGCCCUCGAUCCACGAGCUGUGUACGGGACCACGACCUAUAACAACACCCCAUUCCAACUAGGCAGACACCAUCCGUCUCAUAUCCCGAUCCGGGAUACACGACCACAAAUGAUACCUUACGCCAGUCACCUACAACCCGAGUAUCCCGAAUUCCCAAACUUAGGUUAUGACCCGUUUCCGUCGCCACCGCCAGGCCUAGAAGAGUAUACGGCUGCUCAAUUAUCUGCCCUCGAGAAUUCGUUCCGAGGACUGCAAUCUCCAAGUGAUCCAGUGGACUCAACUGGCCCAAUCCAACCCGAGGAGCUAGUUUCGCCUACCCACGUCCAUUGCAAGGGAAUCCUACCUGGGCAUCACAAGUCUGGGGAAACCCAACCCUCGACAAGCUUUCCAUCCAAGACAAAUCGACCUCAAACACCCAGUCCUCAUGUUCUUACUCGUGACUCAACCUCUGGUCUGGCGGAUAUGGACUGUGAUUCAGAACCGAGAACCGAAUCUGAACUAGAACCUGCAUCUGAAUCAGAGAAGAGAGUGGCCUAUCAGAGUACCAACCAAAAGCGAUCCCGAUCUCAGACUUCUGACCCAAUCCCGAACAAGAAGGUGAGAUCCGCUCCUGAUCCAACUCCCACCGAGCCUGCCCGGGCGCGAUGGAAAGAGAUUUGCACUAGAUCAGUGAGCAAACAUCCGGAUUUAAUGAGGCACCUUGAGCAAAGAGAAACCGAUCCUGUGUAUCGCUACUAUCAUGAAAUCAUGGAUACCUCUAGCAAACAGUCCUCAUGGCAUUGGGAUUGGAAAACGGAGAAGGACCUGCCCGCAGAUCUUAAAGGGAUGGAGAAGGAACGCUUGACCCACAAACAAAUCGAGACACUGCUUUUCUUUAAACCCACCAUCCGGAAAAAGUACGAAACAGCCUUCCGAUGGAGAGGUCAAAUCCGCACUGAAUACGCUCACCUUCUCGAAACCGUGGAGAACGGGAGGUUCAAAUUGCCUGUGCAGCUCGUUCAUUCGUGUAACCCGUGGUUAGUCGGACAGUAUCUCUUCUGCAAGGUCUCUUCAGAGAACCCAUCCUCGAGGCAGAUCACCUUAUCCCCAGCGAAGUCUUCCGCCAUUCAUCCCGAGCUGGCUAGUCCACCCAUUCCUGCUCAGUCCCCCCAAGUCCCUGGCAGUACUCAGAACGAUGUUACGAUGCCCGUGCUACUACAUGAAUGGCGCAUGACUCAGCGGGGCCGAAAUAACCAAUCCUCAGUCAAUCAGACCCUGUCCGCUAUGUUGACAGUGCAGUGCGCAGAAGUGACAGCACUCCGGGAUAGGAUACAAAGCUAUGAUACACUCCUAGAGGACCAUCCGGCUCUACAGUCCCAAGUCAAGAAGUGGUCACCUCUACCUCAACCCACUCCGAUGUCUACCUUUUUCCUACCUAAAGCUUUAUCCGGGACCCGAGUCCACUCGAGAACCCCUUCGUCAAACCACUCCUGA